CCGAGGAGCGCAAAGCAAGAGCACUUUCUCUUUGAGCGCGCGUGAGCCGGUUCACACUCAGGCAGGAGGAGUCACAUGACGGCAGCGGAGUCCGAGAGCGCGAGACCGAGACCGAGAGCGCGAGCAGAGCGCUGCUUCGUUCCGCCUCGCGCCGCCGCCAUUCCGCGCUCUGCGCCCUAACGCGAUUUUUAUUGCGACAUUUUACUCCCGCUCGAAGAGCCAUCAGAAAAGGAUGACUGGUAAGAGUCAGACAAGCAACGUGACCAACAAGAAUGACCCACGUUCCCUCAACUCCAGAGUCUUUAUUGGCAACCUCAACACAGCCAUCGUUAAGAAGGCCGACAUAGAAGUCAUCUUUGCCAAGUACGGCAAGAUCGUGGGCUGCUCCGUUCACAAGGGCUACGCCUUCGUCCAGUACAUGAGUGAGAGGAACGCCCGGGCCGCCGUUGCUGGCGAGAAUGCCCGGAUCAUAGCAGGACAACCGCUGGAUAUCAACAUGGCUGGAGAGCCCAAACCAUACAGGCCUAAAGCUGGCUCUAAAAGACCCCUCUCUGCCGUAUACAGUGGAUAUGAAUUUGACUAUGACUAUUACCGUGAAGAUUUCUAUAAUCGGCUCUUUGACUAUCACGGACGCGUGGCCCCGCCUCCAAGGGCCGUCAUCCCUCUGAAACGCUCGCGCGUCGUGGUGCCGUCAACGCGGAGAGGAAAGACUUCGUUCUCCAUCAAAACCUCCACUUCUUCGUCCUCAAGGCCACCUUCAUCCUCCUCCUCCUCCUUUUCCUCUGGCCUCAAGCCUUUUCAAAUGGAAGGCAGUGGGACUCGUGUCAUCCCAGAUGGCAGGGAGAUUAUGAAGACGGAUCAACUCCAGACAAUCAAGCGUGAGCUGACUCAGAUCAAGCUGAAGAUCGACUCUCUCCUGGGCCGUCUGGAGAAGAUAGAGAAGCAGCAGAGAGCCGAGGCGGAGGCUCAGAGGAAAUAUGAGGAUAACUGUGACUCACUACAUGAGGAGUCCGUGUCAGAGACGGCGGAGAACUCGGCUGAGGAGGCAGGCGAAGGGACGCUAGACGCAGAGGCUGGAGAGAUGACUGACGGCGGAGAGGAUGACUACGACGAAGAGGGCAGCACUGAUCUGAUAGAGAACCAUGUGUCUGACAUUGACAACUAAAGGCCGUGCCAAAUGGGAAAUCAACGCUGCUUUGUCACUGCAGUGUCAGGGGGAAGGAGGGAUGACAUGAAACUGUGAGAAAAGCUUCAAAGAAAGGGAAAAGGAAAAUUGAACUGAUAACUUUUAGAGAGACAAUGAGAGCAGGCAUGUGAUUGGUCCUGGUGAGAGGUGAAGCAGCACUCAUGGACAAAUCUCUCACGGCCAGUCAUUAUCAAUCGCUCAGCAUUUCACUGGCCUUCAUUUGAUUACCUUGAAAUAUUCAUUCGUUAAGAGGAUGGAGCUUAACAUUGCUUGUAUAGAGUGAAAAUAAAAAAUGAACUACUCAGACCUGAUUAUAUGCUUUUUUAAAGUGGUUUUACACAUAUAUUAUGAUUUGUCGUGGCAUUAUACGAUGCAUAAUUUUGGUUCUCCAUGUGUAAUCUUCCAGCUUGAAUAUUCCAGCUUGUUUUAUUUUCAUUAAAUGUCUAAGCGAAUUCAACUUUUUUAUCUGUGAUAAUCCAUGUAAAUAUAGUGGCACUCCAGUGUGUGUGUG